AUGGCUUGUGGUCAAGUACAAUGUCAGAUUCCAGUAAGAUCCUGAAGAUUUAGUUUUAGUGUUUUUAGGAAAAGAACUGGAAUGUGGACAAUUGGAACAACGAGGUGUUCAAGUACGAAAGAGACACAUUAAUAAAAAACAAACUCGGUUUGAUUGUAAAUAAAAGGUAACAGCAAGUUUAUAAUUAAGAAAGUAAAUCAAAAGACUUCACUGUUCUUACUCUAACAAGCAUCUUAAGUUAAGUUAAAAUUUAAUAGUUUACGUAAUUUUAGGUAUGAGAUUGUGCAAAGGAUCGAUGCCGGUGCUUUUGGUUCGACGUAUGUUGGAGAAGAUUUGAUGAAUAACAGGCAACGAGUGGCAGUCAAGUUUGAUACUGGAAGGCCGGAGUUCACGAGAUGUAAGUGAAUGCAGAAAAAAUACCUUCUUAACAAUCAAAGAUGUGAAUUUCCUAGUUAAAGACGGUACAUCAUAUAACUUCUCACUUAUAUAUCACACCUAACUCAAUAAUUUCAGCCAAACGCGAUGAAAACCAUUUAAAGUACGAGUUCGAGGUGUACAAGUCAGCAUUAGUAAGUGUACCAUUAAGUAAAAGUAUUCGAAAUUUAGUACAAUGAAGGAUCAGACACUGUAGAAGGCUACGCCAAAGUGCACUGGUUCGGCUAUCAAUACAAGCAUAAUAUUCUGGUUAUGGAGCUACUGGGGGCUUCUGUUGCGUCACUGUUCAACUUUUGUAACCGAAAGUUUGGCUGGCAGGUGGGUGUUUACAAUUUCACGUAAUAGUAAUGUAGUUGCGCAACUUUCAAAAAGUUGACGUCACAUCAUCGAAGCUGUACGAUUACCUUAACCCUCUAAACCAUGCUUUUCAGACGAUAUUAUCAUUGGCACAACAAAUGCUUCACAGAAUCCGCCACCUACAUUACCGUGGCUUCAUUCAUCGUGACAUAAAACCAGAAAACUUCUUGAUGGGUCUGAACCAAAAAGAAACAACUUGUUACCUAAUUGACUUUGGAUUGGCAAGACGAUACCGCUACAGGAAUAACGAAGACCGUAAACUAAAGCACAUUCCUUUCAAACGAGGACGUUCCUUCAUUGGCACGGCCAAGUAUGCAUCCAUAAAUAGUCAUCGUAACGUGGAACUGUCACGACGAGAUGAUCUGGAGUCUCUUGGUUAUGUUAUAAUCGAAAUGAUGAACGGUAGCCUGCCGUGGAAGAAUAUCUGUAGACGGAACCAGGUCAGCAAACAACUCACCUUCCAGAGGAUCCGAGUAUCCAAGGAACAGACCAACUGGAGAGACGUUUGUCCUCCAAUGGCCGACUUCAUACGAUACUGCAGAGAGAUGUCGUUUACAGAAGAACCCGACUACGAUAGGGUUCUGUUCCUGCUACGGAAGGGCAUCUCGGAACAACCUCACAAUGAAUUCGGUCUUCUGGGACCAAAAUGUGAUUCCUGUUCUGUUGUGAAAUGUCAGAGAUUGACCAAGAGUAUGUUCGAAGACUCAGGUCUACAAGAUCUGAACAGUCUGACUACAGAGAUGACAUUAAACGACCGAGAAGACGACGACAUUGAAGAAGAACCGUCAGACAAUCACCUAAACGUAAGACGAGAUGUUACCGUUCCAAAAUCACACUCAAAUUUGGAACGAUUCCAGCACAACGUUCCUUCAGAUGGGCUGAAACCUUGUUUGAGUGCGCAGACAGAGCUUCGGUCAGUAUCGCCCGCUUCGUCGAUGAGAACGAGGGAGGAAGAGGAAACAGAAUCCGUAGCCAGCUGUCAACAUUGUCGAGAGCGACAACAACAGUUCUUCGACCAGGAAUCGGUCGGUGGUUUGAAGUUGAGUUGGCAAAUCUGGAGGGAUAGUAAUGCUGAAAACAAAUUUGAAUACGACAAUAGGUUUGGGUAAGAGAAGUCAAUUUACAAAACAAUGUUAUCCAAAUAGAAACGAUUGCCAAUAUUAACAUACGCUUCUUUCAGCUGGACGUUGCCUUGCAUUCGACCAAACCAAUACAAGAACCUGGUCCCUCCCCACCCUCCGCCUUCGUUACCGGUGAAGCAAUGUGUCAACAUAUACACGAUCCCCCCUCCUCCAUUCCACAUUCCCCCGCCCACCCAUGUAUAUACCCCCUUCAACGUUUGUUCUCCCUUUGUGGCCGCAGGUAUGAUAGCAAGGCCUAUCCACGGCCCCCAACCAUUCCCACCCCCCUUCUGUAUGAUACCCCACAACCCCGGGCCCUCGUUUGUGCCGAUUUAA